GAAAAACUUAUUUCCCGGACCAAGCCAGACUCCAGACCACCGAGCCCCCAAAGCAAACAAAAACAGAACAACAGCUCGCUAGAUCGCCUGCUUAACCCACAAAAUCGUUGAGGACAGGUGAGACAGCAGUUGUCUGCGAUUGCGCGGAGUCGGAAACGCCGGCAAGACCUCGGAGGCUCUCGCUGAAUGCGUCAGAUUUCCUUUUGGGCGCUUGCUUUGCGAAACCGAGACUUAAAGUCUAUCAUCGAAGCCGCGGCCAUGAGGGGAAGAAGGGCAGUCCGAAACGACAAGUCUCAGGAGGAGGGCUCAGCAGCCUCAGCAGCCUCGAUGCCAGGUGAUCCAAAGACCGGUGAAAAUGAACAAGCCUGUCCGCCCACCAGAAAGACACGAAGAAAUGCCAACAAGGCUGACAUGUCAAAUGAAGUUUCAAAUUUGCCUGUUGACGAGGAGACCUCUGUUGGAGAAGAUCCACCUAACAUUGGUCUCUCCGCUCGUUUUAGAAAAAUGGAAAAGAAGAAAAUUAUCCAUGGAACGGAUACUUAUGCUGGUGAUGCAGGAGAAGGGCCUGGAGCUCAUGACGAGAAGUCGAAACAAAAUAUUAAAAAGUCCCCCAAGAAGAGAGCGGUCACCAUUGAAUAUGAAACCAAUGCCAAGAAAGAUAAGUGGGAACCAGACAACUGGAUGCAGGUAUUAAAAAAUAUCAGGGAAAUGCGGAAGAGUGCAGAUGCUCCUGUGGACACUAUGGGAUGUGAUAAGUGCAUGGACGAAGAAGCUAAACCAGAGGUUCUGCGUUACCAAACAUUGCUCUCUCUCAUGCUAUCCAGUCAAACUAAAGAUGCAGUGACUCAUGCUGCUAUGAAGCGCCUUCGGGAUCAUGGUUGCACAAUUGAGAACAUAUUGAAGACAGAGGACAAGGUGCUCGAAGACUUAAUUCACCCAGUGGGAUUUAAAAAGACCAAAGUGCAAUACAUCAAGAGGACUUCAGUCAUUUUGCGCGAUAAGUACAUGGGUGAUAUUCCAGAUACGGUGGAAAAACUGUGUGAAUUGCCCGGUGUGGGACCCAAAAUGGCUCAUUUGUGCAUGAAUUGUGCCUGGGGAGUUGUCACAGGAAUUGGUGUAGACACCCAUGUCCAUCGAAUUUCAAAUCGAAUUGGUUGGGUUCCUCGUCAAACAAAGAAUCCCGAAGAAACACGUAAGGCUUUGGAGGAUUGGCUGCCAUCUGACUUAUGGAGUGAAGUCAAUCAUUUGUUAGUUGGAUUUGGACAGCAAAUUUGUCGUCCUGUGGGUCCGCAUUGUGACUCAUGCCUAAAUGCUCAGCUCUGCCCUUACACUCGUUCACCAAACAAGAGCCCUCGCAAGAGCCCUAGUAAAAAAUGAAAAAAACUAGGUUGUUAAUUUCUAUUUUUAAGAACAUUUUCUUGUACUUCUUCAGUAUUAUUUCAUUUACAGUUUUUAAAUAUGCGAGUCUCCAGCUAUUUAAAACAAUUAAGUAUCAUGUCAAAAUACUGUUUCAUUUUUUAAAUAAAGCAUGCAGCUGUGAA